AUGUUUUUGGUAAAAAAUGUUUUCUGAAGGUCUAUAGCUAGCAAACAAUUUUUAUCGUUUACUAAGAAAAAUUUAUUCGGCACAUCCGAAACCGAGAAAAUAAAGCAAAAAAUCGCCACAAAUUCACCUGAUUUAUUGCUAUAUGAAGUGCAGCAUUUAAUUAUCCAUUCUCCAGAUAAUGAAAAAGCUGAAAUAUUCAAGAGCCAAAAACAUUUUAUAUUGAAAAAUCUGUCAAAGGUUAGUAUGCAAUCUAUAAGUGGUUUUAUUAUUGAAUACGGGAAAUCAGGAAUUAAUGACAACAAUUUAAUCAGCAGUCUUAGGUGACAAUUUGUGAAGCUUUCUGAAAAAGGGUAUUACUGCAAAUAUUCACUAUCAGCAGCUACUAAUUUUCUCAUACAGAAUUCUAACGACAGCUUAAUAUGUGAUUAUAUUACAAAAAUAAUUAAGGCUAAGACAUAUGAUCAAAUGGAUCUAAUACAAGCAUUUGUUUAUCUAUCGAGAUUCAAAGAUCAUCCUAUCAUAGAAUUAUUUCUAAGUGAAAUUCCUAAAUGCUAUGAAGCGGUAGUUAAAAGCUCAAAGGUUCCUGAAGUUUUAUGGCAAAUGGCAAAACAAAAUUACCGGAAUGAUGAAUUUUAUAUAAAAAUUGCUGAAAAUAUCGAAAAGAUUCAAUUAAAAAAUCCAGGAAUUGACGUGACAAAGAUAUUUACUGCAUAUGCUUUAACUUAUUUUGAGCACAAAGCUAUUACAAAAGCGCUUGAUUUUUUGAUGGAAAAUUAUCAUAGUGUUUUAGCCACUCGAUCUUUGAGCAAUUUAUUUCACGAAUUAAUCAAUUGUCCCCUUAGCAUUAUUUCUCCAAAAUCAUGGGAUAUAUUGAAAACUGAAAUAGAAAGUAGGGAAAAUCUAGGAGAAAACCUGUGAGAUUUAUCAUCUAUUUUUCAUUGCUACAAAAAGCUAGGUUUUGAUAUGCAGCCACUAUUUAAGCACAUAACUGAAGAAAACCUAGAAAAAGCUAAUGGACAACAGCUCGCAGUCAUUAUUACUUCCCUUAAUCAAUUCUGCACUAGAGAUUGACUGCCAUGGCUUAAAAGAUUAACCCUUAAGAAAAUAAAUGAUAUGCACGCGAAAUCUGCAAUGAUGAUGGCGAUGUUUUGGACGCAAAAUUUUUACUGGGACCAAAAAUUUUGGGAAGAAUUUGAGCCAAUUUUAGAUAAAAAAUUAGAAACUAUGGAUACAAAUUUAUUAGAAAAAAAAUCUCUAGGAAUGUAUAAGACUAUUGGAGCCAGACUAAUUAAACUUAAAAAGUAA